AUGAAACCCGAGAACAGCUUUCAGAACCCGGUGGACUACUUCGACAUCAUUUACGAAGAUUUCAAAAAACAGGCGGAGGCGCAGGCCAUCCACAAACCGCGCGUUUUAUGCAUUGCAAAAAUGUAUGGGUCUGGAACAUUCUAAACUUGUAAUGCUGUCUUUGGAUUCCAAAAAAAUCUGUAUUGCAUGAUCAGCAACAGGACUCCAGUUUGUGUUAAGUACGUGGAGAGGGCAUUUCUCAUGCGGAAUAGGGAUUAGGAAGCCCUCUAAAAAUCUGUGUUGCUAGAUCAUGCAUUAGAGGCAUCAAUCAUCAUACAAAAUAUGCACGACAAGUCUGCAUUCUUCCAGACCCAGACACUUUUGCAGUUGAUACGUGUCCGCGUUUAUCGACGUGGGCGCGUUGUUCAAGGGGCAGUUGAAGCGGGUGGUCGCCUGUGGCAUGUUGUACUACGUAUGCAUUGCAAAUAUGUCUGGGUCUGGAACAUUCUAAACUUGUGAUGCUGUCUCUGGAUUCUGAAAAAAUUUGUAUUGCAUGACCAGCAAGAGGACUCCAGUUUGUGCUACGCGGAGAGGGCAUUUGCCAUGCGGUGACAGUAUCGCAACCGCUCUAAAAAUCAGUGAUGCUACGGCAUGCAUCACAGACAUCAUGGGUCAUGGAAGACCUGCAUGACAAUUUUUUGCAUUCUUCCAGACACAGACACUUUUGCAAUCCAUACUAUGCGCACAAAAACGAAAGAGAGCGGAUUUACAUCGCGUUCUGGGAAGAUCUCGACGCCGAGACGACCGCGAUCUUUCUCUACCAUCACGCGGAAUUGUUCCGGGGGUUACGUGAAUACAACGCUGAGAAUGGCGUCCCAAAUCACCCGCAUCAUAUGCAUUGCAAAUCUGCCUGGGUCUGCAAGGAUGCGAACCUGUGAUGCGCAUUUCAGAACACAGAAAAAUCUCUCAUGCAAAGAUAGCAAAAGCUGCCCACUUUCUGUCACCAAAAUGGGAGAUUUGUCAUGCGGAUUAAGCAAUGCGGAAGCUUCUCGAAAUCUGUGACGCUAGGGCUUCCAUGACAGACAUUUUGUGUCAUGCAAAAACAGCAUGACAAAAAUCUGCAUUCUUCCAGACCCAGACACUUUUGCAUUUGAUACAUCACGAGGUCGUGCAGCACUGUCGGCGGACGACGCAGUUCGUUAUCCUGUGCAAAAGCAUCGUACUCAUAGUAAUUGCAUUCAUGCAUUACAAAUUUUUUUCCCAAGGUAAAUCCGCAUGACAAAUGUGAUUUCUCAUGCUGAGGAAAUUUGUAAUGCAUUUAUACGAGUGCGAUACUUUUGCAAUGCAUAGUCGUCAGCCCUCGGCAAUUGCAGAAUGGGAAACACGAAUCGUUCAAGCAAGCAACGCCAGAGAAGUCGGUGGAUGAGCUGAAAGGCAAGCUGUUCACAUGGUUCGACCAACCGCGCACAUUCGGAUCUGACGUCCCCCGCGAUGAUGAUUCCUGG